GGCUUGGGAUGGCUUGGGUUUGCAUGGCGAGAUGGCCACGUUUGCGCAUGCCCGGCAUCUCUUGGAAGGCGGGACGUCGAAUUUCCCCGACUCCCCUUGAGUCUUGACAAGGGAGGAUGGGUUGCCUUUGUUCAUUUCGUUCAGUGUUCACUUGUUGGCGUGACCAAUACUGCCGCACGCGACCGGGUUCACCUCUUUUGCUUACUAGUAUUGGACGUGUUCACUGCACAACAGUUCCACGUCCUUGCGCCCCAUGCAAUGCCCACAGUUAAGAUAAGACUUGUCACUCGGGACCUCUUUUUUUCUGCCAGCCAUUCAUUUCAUUCAGGAAAACCGGACACGAACUCACAGACCUUAUUCAGGGUCACUGCCUUGAAUAAGUCAUAAGGGCACCCUGUUUGCCGCUCGCCGCUCGCCGCUCGCUUCGCCUCCCUUCGGGUCUUCGGGACAAACGAAAAGAAUACGAACGCCGUGGAAUAAGACAAUCGCCUAUUUGACCAUAUUGUCCAUGUUCGAGUCAGAGUCCACCACGUUCGUCGAUCUCUCACACCUACACAAUAGUCUCAGACAUCAUUGGAAUCUUGAUCUUGGCCUUAACACCAAUUCAUACGACACACAUUCCACAGAACAACGUAUAUAAAGCAAGAAAGAAAAGCCUGGAAAUCCGUCGCAGAGAUGAAGAUACGACACGCCUGGGUCAUACCCAGCACCCUCCUUGCGGCCGCUGGUACGGCCGUCGCCCAAGACUCCAGUAGUUGCACCCUCGAAGGCGGCAAUUACUACUGCAGCCAGAUCGAUGCAAUCUCAUAUUCGAACUUCGGUACUGCAGGACAGUACCAGCGAGUCACCAACAUGGACAGCCAGGGUCAAUGUGAUUUUCAAGCGGCCACUUAUGGCGGUGGCAUGGCUCCAUUUGACGACGAGGUAUCGUGGCACUUCCGCGGUCCAAUCCAACUGAAACAAUUUGCAUAUUACACUCUCGGCUCGACCCAGUCGAAAACCAAAACAAAGCGCGCAUACCACCCUUCGCCGCAUAUGGGACGGUAUGCGCAUCAGCAUUUCCAUCAGCACAAACGUGAUGCAGGAGAUGCGCAGGACCGAGAAGUGGCAGCCACCAAUAAAGAGAAGCGCGCCGAUGGGGACGAUUGGACGGUGUGGAGGAAACUCUCGAGCGAGCAGAAUGCAAGCCCGGCAUCGACCGUGGCGACCGAUUCAGGUUCAGCAGCAACCACCGCUGCUGCAGCUGGGCCUGACAUGGUGACCGCAACGAUCGAUGGAAAGAUUGUAUCCUGGACGAACGAUUAUUUCGGACCGAGUGCGACUUCGACUUUCGCGACGCUCGUGUCGUCGGCACAAUCCGACUCUGCAUCUGUGUCUGCGUCUGCGGUUGCAACUAGCGCGACGAUCCCGUUCCCAGCUAGCGCAUCGUCUUCAGCAGAUGAUGGGUAUUCAGCUCCGACAGAAGUUUCGACGUCAGCGCCAGCUUCAUCUCAGCAAACCAGCUCUUAUCCAGUCGCCUCCUCGAGUAGCUCUUCUUCGAGUGCAGCAUCGUCGAGCACAACAACUUCCAGUACAGAAUCGUCAAGCGCAGUAUCACCAAGCUCGGUAUCAUCAAGCGCGGCAGCCUCGAGUGCGGUAUCAUCAAGUGCAGCAUCCUCAAGCGUCACACCGUCAAGCUCUCCCAGCACAUCCGUCGGCGCCGGCACAUGGGCUCGACAAGCAUACUACGACGCCGAGGCUGGCUCGGCCGAUGGGCUUGUGUUUCUCAAUCACUUUGGCGGCGGUGGAUCAGGGGUCUUUGACACGACAUGGGGCCUGUCCCUCUCCUACGCUAAUGCCGACAACACCGGCGCCUCGUCUGGCCCCGUGACGCUGGCUGACACGUUGGUCGGCGACAACUCCGAGUUCGUGAUCAUGACGGACAAGGCUUGUUCAGGCGAGAACGGUGAUUGCGGAUACUAUCGGCCCGGGAGUGUUGCCUAUCAUGGGUUCUCCGGUGCAUCCAAGCUCUUCUUGCUCGAGUUUCAGAUGCCCUUGACCGGCACGUCAGGUUUCAACAUGGACAUGCCCGCGGCGUGGAUGCUGAAUGCGCUGAUCCCACGCACGCAACAAUAUGGCAACUGUUCAUGUUGGACGUCGGGCUGUGGCGAGUUCGAUAUCUUUGAGGUUCUCGACUCGGGGAAUACGAAGUGCAAGUCGACGUGGCACGGAGCCCACGCGAUUGGCGAUAGUGAUUAUUUUGCUCGGCCGACCAACGCAACGGUCAAGGUUGCUGUCGUGCUUGUUGGAAGUGGGAGUACAGGGAGUAUCAUGGUGUUGGACGAUGGGACGGAAUUCGAUGAAAGCGUGACGGAGGCGAGUGUAAGUGCAUGGUUGAGUGGGAUUGCGACGGGAGAAAAGAAACAGACGAGUCUGCCGACGAGUUGAGAUCUUUUUCUCUGGGUUGAUGUUUCGCUACCCGGUCAAGGCUCUUCAUUUCAUGAAAGGGAUUGGUUGCUCAUCGAAGCGAGGAGUUGGCGGAUUGUGUGAUUAAUUUCUGGUGGCGUUGGGUCGAGGGUGGACGACAAUAUGGUCAUGACAUGAUUGUUUUGCUCCUUCACUCCUGGUGGCUUGUACCCUUUCAGAUGAAGAUUGCGAUAACUACCGUUCAAUGUGUCUGGUUCAAGCAGCCUGAGCCUGAGCCUCUUUCAGGGCUCCUCGCUGCUCCACCGUCCGGGCUAUUGCCA